AUGUGGAGAAGAAGGUGCAUCGCAUCGACCAGAUACGCUGGCGUGACAGCAAUCAGGUGUCGUCCUCCGACUUAUCGACCCCUCUUCCCCUCUAUCUACUCCUCGUUGUUCUCCUCCCUUUCUCCCUCCGGAUCCCCCGGUUAUUCCGAUUCAUUUGAGAAUUACUCGCGACCUCGCUCUUCUGGCAAAUCUUCUCUUCGACCCUUUAAGCUUCUUCGCCUACCGAUUUCACGCGUACGAUACUGCUCCGCCAAAGCGCACGCAAUGGCGGCAAAGGAUAGAGAGGUCCUCCCCGACGUGGCCAAACCCCUUCACUAUCACGCCUCUCUGUAUGACCUGCAGCUCGGUGGUUCCUGGGGCUACAACGGCACCGUGAAGGUUGAUGCAAGGAUUACCCGCCCGACUCAAGAAAUCGUCCUCAAUUCGAAGGAGAUCGAAGUCCAGAAUGUAGAUAUCUUGGCGCAAAAUGGCGACAAAUUGACAAAGGCGUCCGAGAUAACGUACGACAAGAAGUCAGAACGGGUGUCAUUCAAAUUCCCGCAAGAAGUCACACCCUCCGAUGUUGUCCUGUCCAUCAACUUCAAGGGGACCAUGAACAAUGCUAUGGCGGGGUUUUACCGUUCCAAGUACAAGCCUGUAGUAGAGCCUGCUACAGACACUCCAAAAGAGGGAGACUUCCACUACAUGCUGAGCACACAGUUUGAGUCGUGUGAUGCGCGGAGAGCUUUUCCCUGCUUUGACGAGCCGAAUUUGAAAGCCACCUUUGAUUUCGAGAUCGAGGUGCCCAAGGGACAAAUUGCACUUAGCAACAUGCCCGUUAAGUCAGAGAGGAUUGGGAGCAAUUCCGGGCUCAAAUUUGUCACGUUCGAGAGGACACCAGUGAUGAGCACCUAUCUUCUUGCGUGGGCAGUCGGUGAUUUCGAUUACGUUGAAACAAUGACGCAGCGCAAAUAUAAGGGCAAGAGUAUUCCGGUCCGUGUAUAUACUACAAAAGGCCUCAAAGAACAAGCUCGCUUCGCCUUGGAAUGUGCUCAUCGUACAGUUGACUAUUUCUCAGAAGUCUUUGAAGUGGAGUACCCCUUACCCAAGGCAGACCUUCUUGCUGUCCAUGAAUUUGCUAUGGGCGCCAUGGAAAAUUGGGGUCUCAUCACAUACCGCACGACUGCCGUGUUGUUCGACGAGGGUAAAUCUGAUACCCGGUAUAAGAAUCGCAUUGCAUACGUUGUCGCGCACGAACUGGCUCAUCAAUGGUUUGGCAACCUUGUAACUAUGGAUUGGUGGAAUGACCUCUGGCUCAAUGAGGGCUUCGCCACAUGGGUUGGCUGGCUUGCUGUCGACCAUUUCUACCCCGAGUGGAACAUAUGGUCCCAGUUUGUUGCUGAAGGUGUUCAACAAGCGUUCCAAUUAGACUCCUUGCGCGCAUCUCAUCCUAUCGAGGUGCCUGUUAAAAACGCCCUCGAAGUUGACCAGAUCUUCGAUCAUAUCAGUUACUUGAAGGGAAGUUCGGUGAUUCGGAUGCUCAGCGAACAUCUUGGUCGCGAGUCCUUCCUACGCGGAGUGGCCGACUACCUCAAAGCCCACGCCUACGGAAACGCCACCACAAAUGACCUUUGGUCCGCUCUCAGUAACGCCUCAAAGCAGGAUGUCAACAGCUUCAUGGACCCUUGGAUCCGCAAAAUCGGCUUCCCUGUUGUUACUGUGGCCGAAGAACAGGGACGAGUUAGCGUCCGCCAGAACCGGUUCCUGUCAACGGGUGACGUGAAGCCCGAGGAGGAUGAGACAACCUGGUGGAUUCCUCUGGGCAUCAAGUCAGACCCGAACACCACAGACGUCGACUCCCGUGCUCUUAACUCAAAAGUUGACACCGUCACGGGAAUCAGUCGAGACUCGUUUUACAAGAUCAACAAAGACCUUUCAGGGUUCUAUCGAACAAAUUACCCAGCCGAUCGCUUGGCAAAACUUGGAAAGUCUCGUGAUCUGCUGAGCACUGAAGACAAGAUUGGCUUGAUUGGUGACGCUGCUGCCCUGGCUGUGUCUGGAGAAGGCACUACUGCCGCGUUGUUGGCAUUGUUGGGCGGCUUCAAAGGGGAGCAAAACUAUCUUGUCUGGUCUCAGAUCUCUUCAUCCCUCUCGAAUCUACGCUCCGUAUUCUCUCAGAAUGAAGACGCAGCGUCGCGCCUGAGGAAAUUUGCUCUUGAAGUGACCGCCCCCACUGCUGAAAAGAUUGGUUGGGAUUUCAAACCUGAUGAAGAUUACCUCACUGUGCAGCUCCGGAAGCUCCUGAUCACAGUGACCGGCCUGGCGGGUCAUGAAGGCAUCGUCGCCGAGGCUAAACGUCGCUUUGAACUCUGGGCCACAGGGCAAGACAGAACUGCAGUGCACACGAAUUUGCGAUCGGCGAUUUUUGGAAUUGCAAUCUCGGAGGGUAGUCGCAAAGAAUAUGAUGCCGUCAAGGACGAGUAUCUUAAGACGGACUCUGUUGACGGCAAAGAGAUUUGUCUGGCGGCGCUUGGGCGUACUAAAAAUGCUGACCUCGUGAAUGAUUACUUAAACUUUGUCUUUUCAGACAAGGUAGCUAUUCAAGAUGUCCACAACGGUGCUGUCUCUCUGGCCGCGAAUUCCAAAGUCCGACAUCACCUAUGGGAGUAUAUGAAGAACAACUGGAGUACCGUCGAGGCCCGACUGUCCGCAAACAAUGUGGUCUUUGAGCGGUUUGUGCGAAUGGGCCUUUCCAAAUUCGCGGACCACCAGGUUGGAGCAGAUAUCACCUCGUUCUUCCAGAACAAGGAUACCAGUGCUUACGAUCGCGCACUAGUGAUUGUUUCUGACAGCAUUCGAACCAACGCUUCUUACAAGGAAAGGGAUGAGAAAGCUGUUUUGGAAUGGCUCCAGGCUCUUUGA